AUGUGUUGGCUUCAAGUUCUACUUUCGAGCGGGUCUUCUACCGACGCAGAUGACGAGCGAUCAGAUACCUCUACGGUGCUAUCCAGCGGCGAGAUGGGUCCUGAUUCGACUUAUGAAAACUCAAACAAUAAGUACAUUCCACUCCAGGAAGCAGGUAAGGGUACUAUUGGACAAGUCACAUUCUGCGCACGCAGGCCCUCUUUAGUCGCAAGCCCUUCUAUGACGAAUCUCACAGCGCAAGGCCCAGGCCUUUUAGCUAUGAAGAUAGCUAGUCGAGAAAUGCUCAGCGACAUGAUAGCCACUGAGAUUAUUGUCCUACAGCGCAUACACAGCUUCUUCGCCGCAGCUGAUGACGGAACUAUUGCAAAACACUUGCCUGACCUCGUCGACUUUGACCCAAUCAUAGACGGCGGGUCGCGCUGGCUAGCGGUUCAUCCUAUCCGUGGCUUCGACCUUGAGCGACUCUGCGUCGUAAUUAGCCAUAUAGUACAGCCUUCUUCAGCGAACUAUGUCACUUACAGCCUCUCGUUUCCUGCGAUACCGGAAGUUCUCGUGUUGCACAUUGCGAAGCAGUUGACAGGAGCAGUCGAGUGGCUGCACGACAUCGCCAACAUCGCUCAUAACGACGUCUUUGGUGGGAACGUUAUGCUCGACUUGUCUAGCUGGCACAAUGGGCCUGGCUUCACAAUGCCUACCAUUGUCUUGAUUGAUUUCAACCGUGCGAGCUUAAAUCCUAAUGAAAAGCAGAAAGGUGCAGACCGUUCAUUCGUAGCCCAUGAAUUGGAAGACACCAGUACACCGAAGCGUUCGUCGACCUGGUGGAACGGCUUCAUCAGCUUUCUAAAAAUCAACAAAAGCCAGUAUCUUCAAGAAAAGUCCUUGACUUUCAUAGAGUUCAAGGACCAAUUCGGCGCGGAAAUCAAUCGUCGAUUGGAGGAAGUGACUGAAGACGAAAUUGGACAGGUGCAAGGGUUGCUCGAUAUGGUUGCGGAGAAGGAAGUUCGUUUUCCAAGUGAAGAUCGGAUUAGAGAGGUAUUAGAGCAGCGAGAGGAUGGCUAG